UGGGGUGGAGGGUGCGCCCGGGUGGAGAGGGACCUCCAAGGGAAGGAGCAGAGAGUCUUAGAGGCCGGGAGUCCUGGUGAAGGGGCUGGUGUAUGGACCGGGAGGGCGGACAAGGAUACCAGACAAGAGACGCAACGGAAACGGCUUUAAAGAAAUGACUGAAUAUAAAUUAGUGGUGGUGGGAGCGGGUGGUGUUGGAAAAAGUGCCUUGACGAUCCAGCUCAUACAGAACCACUUUGUUGAUGAGUACGAUCCUACGAUAGAGGACUCGUACAGGAAACAGGUAGUGAUUGAUGGAGAGACUUGCCUACUGGAUAUCUUGGAUACUGCAGGGCAGGAGGAGUACAGUGCCAUGCGUGACCAGUACAUGAGAACAGGGGAAGGGUUCCUGUGCGUGUUUGCCAUCAACAACAGCAAGUCUUUUGCAGAUAUCAGCAUAUACCGGGAGCAAAUUAAGCGAGUGAAAGACUCUGAUGAUGUACCCAUGGUACUUGUGGGUAACAAAUGCGAUCUACCAACAAGAACUGUAGACACCAAACAGGCCCAGGAACUUGCCAGGAGCUAUGGGAUCCCAUUCAUUGAGACUUCAGCAAAAACUAGACAGGGUGUUGAAGAUGCCUUUUACACAUUGGUUCGGGAGAUCCAUCAAUACAGGAUGAAGAAACUGGACAUCAGUGAAGAUAACAAUCAGGGUUGUAUCAAAAUGCCCUGCAGCUUAAUGUAGUCUGGAGUCCAAGUUAACAAAAUAUGGAACCUUACACCGGAUAUCAAAACUAAAGAAACCACUCGCACAAGAUGCAACGCCAACCACACAAACUGCGUCAGAAAAACACUUUACCUCGUUGAUUGAUGGUCAGAUCGUUGAGCAUUUCCUGUGCCUGUAACAUGGCGGUAUUACCGAGCCACUGCUAUGUGGAUUGCAACCUCUUGGCAAGACCAAGGCUCAAAAAAAGAACACACAGGUGUUAAACUUACUAAGUGGCUGACUGAAAAGGACAGACGUGAUUUUUUUUUGUUUUUGAUGACUUGCCAUCAAUAUUCAUCUCAAGGAUUUUAAUGACCUCACUGACUAAUAUAUUCUGCUGGACAUGUUUUUCAAAAGGCAUUUGAUAAAGUUGCCUAUAUUACUAUAUCUUUUGGGGUAAUUUGGAAAAGGACUCCUAUGUAUUUUUAAUGUGAUUGAUGUCCUUUGGACUGGAAUCCAGACGUUCGACUUUCAGUGUGUGUAUGUAUAUAUGUAAUGUGUGUGUAUA